UUCAGCAAUGUCACCUUCUUCAUCUUUGGGCCUAUCAUGAUGGUCCUCAUGCACCCCUAUGCCCAGAAGCGCUCCCGUUUCGUCUACGUGGUCGGGGUUCUCUUCAUGGCCAUUGGCCUCUUCUCCAUGUACUUCCACAUGACGCUCAGUUUCCUGGGCCAGCUGCUGGACGAGAUCGCCAUCCUCUGGCUGCUGGCCAGCGGCUACAGCAUCUGGAUGCCCCGAUGCUACUUCCCCUCCUUCCUCGGGGAGAACAGGCUGCAUUUCUCCCGCCUGGUGCUCCUCGCCACAGUGAUCAGCACCUUCCUGUCCUUCCUGAGACCCACCAUCAACGCCUACGCCCUCAACAGCAUCGCCUUCCACAUCCUCUACAUCAUGUUCCACGAGUACAAGAAGGCUAGCAACAAGGAGCUUCGACACGUCAUCGAGGUCUCUGUCGUCUUAUGGGCUUUCGCGCUGACCAGCUGGAUCAGUGACCGCUUGCUCUGCAGCUUUUGGCAGCGGAUUCAUUUCUUCUACCUACACAGCAUCUGGCACGUCCUCAUCAGCAUCACCUUUCCCUACGGCAUGGUCACGAUGGCCCUAGUGGACGCCAGGUACGAGAUGCCGGGGGAGACGCUGAAAGUGCGCUACUGGCCGCGAGACUCGUGGCCCGUGGGGCUGCCUUAUGUGGAAGUCAGCGACGAGGACAAGAGCUGCUGA